CGUGCUCUAAUGUCUUUGAAAUGACUUAAUCAUAAUAUUAAUGUAAAUAUAAAACAAUAUUAUUAAAUCAUUUUUUCAUAAGAAAACUCAUUGAAAACAUGUCCGGAUAUCAUCUCUCAAAAUAAUAUUAUUUUUUUCAAUUUAAAAACUCAAUUGAAAAUAUUUUCAUUUUGGAUAGAUUAUAAACUCAUAAACAAUACACUAUUAUAUGUACUACAUUGCAUGACCUCAGUGUACAUAUAUACUGUGACAAUAAUUACAAUUUCACAGUUGCUUAAAAUUUUAUACACUAUAUAGAUAGAAGUUAAGUUUUUCAAAGAUCAUAAAAUUUUAUUGUGUGCCUUUGGUUGAUUCAAUAUAUUUUAUAUAAUUUGUCAAUAUGCAGAAAUAUAUUCUUAUUAGAAAUUAUAGAGAACAAGAUAAACUGUCUUGCAAAAGAUUACUUGAAGCUAGUGUAAUGUCUCAGCUAAAUCAUACAUUUUUUGGAUUUAUAUUAGCACUAAAUAUUAUUCGUAUGGUAUUUGUGUUAUCUAUACUGGUAGUGGGUCUACUCGUGUAUGCAGAAUUACAUAUAAUUUAUUGUAUUAUAGUUAUGUGUAUACCAGGAAUUAUAUUAUAUAUUUCAUUGUACACAAAAUUUCGUUAUGAUGCUAGAAUGAUUGGAUAUGAAAUAUUUGACAUUUCACGGAUUUACACGCUCAAUAAUUCUGCCCGUUUUUGGAUAGCGGAAUUAUAUGAAGAUUUUUCAUUAAAUAAUCAGGAACAAAAUCAGCAAUAUACAUUCAUGACAGAGGAAGAAAUGAGAGCAUCUGAAAUUGAUUUAUCUAAGUAUAAUAAAAAAAUUAUAGGUAUUCUGUUAUUUUGUCAAAGCAAUUGGCAACCAACACAUGCCUGGAUAAAAAGAUUUUAUGUUCUGAAGAAGUAUACAAGGAAAGGUGUAGGAAGUACUCUUUUGAAACAUGCUCUGCAAUUUGCCGGUGAAAAAGGAUUUGUAUGUGUUAAAGCGACGAUUUCUCAAUUUCAAAAACGGUAUAUGUAUUUUUAUUAUGUAAAAACUAAUGACGUAACUAUUUUGCGUGAUAGAUUAUCAUUUUUCGUAUCAAUUACGCUGUAUGAAUAUAUAUUUCGAACAAAGAAUUAUCAAUAGGAUCGUUAGAAAUUCGCGUAAUGUUCAAUCUAUGCCAAAAAAUUAAACUGUCCGUCUAAAUAUUCAAAUCAAAUUUGUGAAUAAUAUUUAUUUAUUUAUUUUUUGUAUGUUAUAACAGUUUGUAAAAUAUAUAAGAGCAAAGAUAUUGUAAAAAAUCUGUAAUUCUAUUUUUUUUACA